CGAACGCAGGGAUGAUGCCACUGCACUGCCCAGUCUGGUACAAACGGACCAAAGCCUUUUUUAGUACUGGUUGGCUUAGUCCGGACAUCGACGACCGUUAUGAUAAUGCAAUCAUGCAGCGCUGGCCUAGCUGGGUUGGUCAACGGUGACAACAGUGGCAACAGCCAGUAGAAGGGUGCCAAGCCAAGGUGGGCUGGACGACGCCGUUGAUAAAAUUUUAGUUGAAAAGUGUCACGGUAGGUGGUGGCAAAACAAUUUUCUUGAUAUCGACUCUGGGAAAGGUAUCACCCAUCCGCGUACAAGGCUCGACUCAGUCGGACAGUUUUCUUGAGUAGCUGAGAGCCUAUGAAUAUGAUUGGAUUCACAAGGAACACUGUGUGGAAGGCUGCGUCCCUUGUUCUGGCUUUGUCAGCCAUGCUCGCGGUAUUUGCGGUGACGGAGGGUGCGGAGUUUGGCUACCAUCAGGAGGCGGUGAAUUAUGAUGGAUUCGAGCUGCUUCGACGCAUCGGAAAUAAUGGUGUUCCGGACGAUGUGCCCACAGAUUUCGACUGCGAAGCACGCUAUCUGGCUUACAACUACAGUCUCUCGUUACAACCGCAUCGUGCACCGAUGAAGAACGUGUGGGAUGCACUCCAAUUGACCACGCUAUGUCACAAACCAUUCAAUCCUAACCCUGACAUUUCAGUUCAGCAGCAGCGACGCACGGACCAGCAACAUCAGAAGAAGAAGAGGCUAUCACCACCAUUGAGCGACAAGCUGAGCCAAGUCCAGUAUCGUGUGUAUGUGGAUGCGAAAGUCGGGGAUGACUUCAGCACGGAUGCAAGCGAUGCGCGCACUCCGUUCAGGACGCUGCAUCGGGCACUGGCACACACUCGGGCGUACCGACGACAGCAGCUGGACAAGAACCCUGGCUCGCGAGCUGCAGACAUCAGCGUGGGCAUAGUACUGCGUUCUGGAAUUCACUAUCUGAACACCACGGUGGAAGUGAACGUACAGGACAGCGGUACAAUCAUCGAAUCUGCACCUGGAGAGACGGCAGUGCUGAGCGGAGGACUUCCUCUCGCACCGCAGUGGAAGCCAUACAACGUGUCACAGAGUCCUGCGACGAUGGUCAUACAGCAAGGAGCUGACAAUGUAUGGGGACAUGUGCCCGGUCCAGGAAAGAGCACACCAACUAUCAAGUACGUGGGAACGUUCGCCAGCAGUGAGGAGUGCCAAGCCCAGUGCAAGUACGGCACCUGCUUUGCGUGGACCUGGCACAAGAAGGACGCGACCGGCUGGAGCCAGGGCUGCUACCUGCACAGCGACCACUGGUGGUCACCACAUGUCUCCACCACCGACACGAGUGGCUACUGGGCGCAGGCUCCUAACAUCUACGUUGCCGAUGUCACCGAGCAAGCACCGGAAAACCUGCAGCUCGGCAUGUUCGUUGCCGAAACACGAGAAGACGCCGAGGCCGGUAACUUCUUCCGCGCCAACCGUGCACGCUAUCCGAACAUUGUGAGUGCGGAGAGGACCCUGUUCCCGGCUGGAUGGGUGCCGGGCGGGGCCGACUGGGAUGGACCUGCGGACCUGGGCAACUCGACCUUCAUCACGGUCGGCACGCCGACGUACGAGGCCAACCCGGACUUUGAGCACUUCCAGAUCGGCGUGGACGGCCCGUGCAGCAUCUUCACACCGCCCGAGUCGUACUGGUGCUCCGAAAAGCCCAGCGGUGGUGGAGCGUUCACGUUCCUGUCCCCGUCCGGCGUAACCUUCAACAAGACGGUCCUGACACGAGCCGCGACAUACAAUGCGGAGCUAUUCCAGGAGACUGCAGUACUGCAUACAUGGCGCCCGUCGCAUUGGUCCUCGUGGAUGUUCGAGUUCAAGGACUUCGACCCGGAAUCUGGGAAGGGCAAGUUCUCCCGGGGAGGAUUUCAAGGUGCACGGGGAAGCGCAAAGGGCUCUGAGUGGUGGUUGGCAAAUGUUUUCGAAGAGCUCGAUCACCCUAAUGAGUACUUCUAUAAUCCAGACACUGGUAAACUAUACUAUUUCCACAAUGGAACUGGAGCUCCACCGGAAGACUUCCAGUUUGUUGCUGCCAACCUGAAAACUCUCAUCAGCAUCACUGCUGCUAUGGACAAUCCAGUGUUCAACUUUACCCUGAGGAAUGUUGUCCUGACAACAGCAGCGUACACGUACAUGGAUCCACACGGUGUACCAUCCGGUGGAGACUGGGGCCUACAACGAUCCGGUGCGGUGUUUGCCGAAGGUACAAAACUACUUACGAUUGAGAACUGCGUUUUCAAGAAUCUAGACGGCAACGGAUUGUUCCUGUCUGGAUUUGUCCAUGACAGUAUGAUCAGUAACAAUGAAUUCACUUUGAUUGGAGACACGGCAAUGGCCGCGUGGGGCUACACGAAUCUGAUCGACGGCACAUCUGGCGAACAGCCGCGGCGUAAUCGGAUCGAGCAGAACUUCAUCCACGAGAUCGGCCUUUACGAGAAACAGUCCAGCUGCUGGUUCCAAGCCAAGUCGGCGCAGACCACACUGCGUACAAACAUCUGCUUCAACGGACCGCGUGCCGGCGUGAACAUCAACGACGGCUUUGGCGGCGGCAACGAAAUGGAAGACAACGUUCUGUUCAACAUGUGCCGCGAGAGCAGCGAUCACGGGCCGUUCAACUCCUGGGAUCGGCAACCGUUUCUCACCGACGUUGCAGACCCUGAGAACCCGUCGCUGUACCCGGCUGUGAACAACAUCCACCACAACUUCCUUAUUGGCAACUACGGAUCUAGCAUGUGCCUGGACAACGACGACGGAAGUGCCUACUAUCACCAUAGCGACAACUACCUGGUGUACGGCGGACAUAAGUCUAACUAUGGCGGUCACAACAAGGUCUCAACCAACAACUACAACCUGUACCCUGUGGUCUAUUCCUAUUCCUGUUUCAGUAUCUUUCAGAACACGCUCAACGCCACGUACGCCGAGGCCUACAUGAACUGCACGUGCGUACUGCGCGGCGUGGCCAACGAGAACAUGUACCGCUUUCAGCCGGCCUGCGAUCUCACCAAGCCAGACACGCUCUCGUUCCUCACCGGCGACAACACCAUCUACACGCCCACCGCCAACGCCACGGUGAACGCCUGCGGCAAGACGCUGACGGCCGAGCAGUGGCUGCAGCUGGGACUGGACAAGGGCACGGUGCUGAAGACAUCGCCGGACGUGGACACCAUCAUCGGCUGGGGAAGGAAGCUCUUCAAUCUGAAAUAGUAGUCUGACCAGAACUAUAUUGCUCUCUCUCUCUCUCUCUCUCUCUCUCUCUCUCUCUCUCUCUCUCUCUCUCUCUCUCUCUCUCUCUCGCUUGCUCUCUCCCUCUGUUAUGAUUCCGUUAGAUUUGACACCCAAAUUAUGAGAGGAUGUCCGCUUUAGGAGCUGCAUCUGCGCCUUGAUUCUUGAGGGUAGUGGCGGAAAACUCCGCCUACCCGAGUCUCUACGCAAAGCAUGGGAUAUAUUUAUAAUUGCUGGUCUAAACAACCUGACGUCUGCCUUCCAUCUUUUGUGCUGGGGAAUUGUUCCUUUUCGAUACCGUU